UUAGUUUCGUUUUGUAGGACUAGUUUAGUGUCCCUUGGUACUUGGGCUGCGUGUUUCUAGCGCCAUACACUAUUCCUGGGCACGGUUCUGCCUCAUUUCCAAGACUUGGGCUGUUAUCUCUGAAAGCUGUGUCCCGCGGCACGAUGCCACAGCUCGGACUCUUGCCCAGGAGGACCUGCGCUGCGCUGCUCAGCCAGCUCCUGCGCCGCGCUGCGUGCAUCCGAGCGGUCGGUUGCCAUAGCCAGGUUGCACAGGCAAUGUUAACAUCCCAACUGAAAUCACAUCAAGAGAAAACAAAUUUUAUCAAGACCCCAAAGGGCACCAGAGAUCUUAGUCCCAAGCAGAUGGUUGUGAGGGAGAAAAUUCUUGAUACGGUUAUCAGUUGCUUUAAACGUCAUGGAGCAGAGGGAUUGGAUACCCCAGCAUUUGAGCUAAGGGAAUUUCUCACUGAGAAGUAUGACAAUGAGUCUGGGCUCAUCUAUGAUCUGGAGGAUCAAGGUGGAGAGCUGCUGUCCCUUCGUUAUGACCUUACUGUCCCUUUUGCUCGUUAUCUGGCCAUGAAUAAACUGAAGAAGAUGAAACGCUACCAAGUUGGAAAGGUGUGGCGAAGGGAGAGUCCAACUGUAGUCCAGGGCCGCUAUCGGGAGUUCUACCAGUGUGAUUUUGAUAUUGCUGGUCAGUUUGACCCUAUGAUCCCUGAUGCAGAAUGUUUGAAGAUCAUGUAUGAAAUACUAAGUGAGUUGCAGCUGGGAGACUUUCUCAUUAAGGUCAAUGACCGGCAAAUCGUGGAUGGGAUUUUUGCUGUCUGUGGUGUUCCUGAAAGCAAGUUCCAUACUAUCUGUUCCUCCGUGGACAAACUAGACAAGAUAUCUUGGAAGGAUGUGAGGUAUGAAAUGGUGGCAAAGAAAAGCCUGGCUCCUGAAGUGGCUGAUCGAAUUGGGGACUAUGUCCAGCGUCAUGGUGGUAUAUCUCUGGUAGAGCAGAUGCUCCAGGAUCCCAGACUAUCCCAGAACAAGCAGGCCCUAGAAGGCUUAGGGGCCCUGAAGCUUCUUUUUGAAUACUUGACUUUAUUUGGAAUCACCGAGAAGAUCUCCUUCGACCUGAGUCUUGUUCGAGGCCUGGAAUACUAUACAGGAGUGAUCUAUGAAGCAGUUUUGUUACAAACCCCAGCUCAGGCUGGAGAGGAGCCCUUGAAUGUGGGUAGUGUGGCUGCUGGUGGGCGCUAUGACGAACUGGUGGCCAUGUUUGACCCUAAGGGCCACAAAGUGCCAUGUGUGGGACUAAGCAUUGGAGUAGAGCGAAUCUUCCACAUUGUGGAACAGAGGAUGAAGAUUUCGGGUGAGAAAGUUCGGGCCACAGAGACCCAGGUGUUUGUGGCCACACCUCAGAGGAAUUUUCUCCGAGAACGGUUAAAGCUAAUUGCAGAGCUUUGGGAUGCUGGGAUUAAGGCAGAGAUGCUAUAUAAGAAUAACCCCAAACUAUUAACCCAACUGUACUACUGUGAGAAAACAGGCAUUCCCCUGAUGGUCAUUAUUGGUGAGGAAGAACAGAAGGCAGGGGUCAUAAAGCUCCGUUUAGUGGCCACCAGAGAGGAGCAGGCCGUUAAACGGGAACAUCUUGUGGCUGAAAUUCAGAAGCGACUGUCUGUCUUGAGCCUUGCCUGAUUGCCAUCUGGUGCUCUUAUACAGAAGUUUUCACUAGCAUUGAGUUCCUGAAGAACUUCACAACAGCUGGCCAGCAGGGGUGACAAAUGCUUUCAGCCUCCUCUCUUCUUGAA